GUGUCUGGACGUCGAUGUGAACAGUCGCUGUGAUGAACUGUCUGCGUAGCUGGUGGUCGAGGCUCCGUCGCCGCUCUUCGGAUCGGUCCGACCCGGCCACGCCCGAGAACCAGACCGAGAGUAACGAACCCAAAAAACGUGAGAAGAAGUGGAGCAUGAAGAAACUGAAGAGGAUCUUCAGAAAGAAGCGUAAGGAAGAGGGUGAAGGGAAGCUUCAGGAGGAGGUUAAAGAGGGAGAAGAUCCUCAGAGGUCAGGUGAUAACGGUGAUGUUGUGGAGCCGCUGGUGGUUCCUGAGGAAAGCAGCUGGAAGAACAGUGAUGCUGGUGGACUGGAGAUCUCUGACCAUGUUGGAGACGAUAAGAAGAUGAUUAGCCAGCAUCAGGGAGAAGCUGUUAAAGUGAUGACGUGCUCUGAAGCUGAGUACAAGGACAAUGAAGAUCUAAUGGAGUUUAUGAACCGUACAUCUGACAGCAUCUCCUGGUGUGAUGGAGAGAACCAGAUGCUGCAUGAGAUGAACGAAGCUGGGGCUGAAGCACUGAACGAGCUGAUGAAGCUCCAUCUAGGGAGGAAUGAGAAAGAUGAAGCCAGAGCACUUGAAGAGCAGAUGAAGGCUGACAUGGAUGGGCCCGAGGACAAGAUUGUGGAGCUUUUGGAGCUGAGAGAGAGUGAAGCUGAGACUGAAGCUGAGACUGAAGCGCUCGCUGAGCUCACAAACACCAACAUGAGCAAGAACGUGGAAGAUUCUCAAGCUGAGCCUGAAGCUCUUGAAGAGCAGAUGAAGGCUGACGUGGAUGGGAUUGAGGAAAACAUUGUGGAGCUUCUGGAGCUGAGAGAAAGUGAAGCUGAGACUGAAGCUGAGACUGAAGCGCUCGCUGAGCUCACAAACACCAACAUGAGCAAGAACGUGGAAGAUUCUCAAGCUGAGCCUGAAGCUCUUGAAGAGCAGAUGAAGGCUGACGUGGAUGGGAUUGAGGAAAACAUUGUGGAGCUUCUGGAGCUGAGAGAAAGUGAAGCUGAGACUGAAGCACUCGCUGAACUCACGAACACCAACGUGAGCGAGAACGUGAAAGAUCCUCAAGUUGAGCCUGAAGAACUUGAAGAUCUGAUCCAUACAGACAUGGACAAGCAAGAGAAAAGCACUGAGGAUCUUCAGACCUUCAAUAACAUUGAGUUUGAAGGCCGCACUCAGACUCAGUUCACGCAGACCCUGAUGGAGCGUGAAAUAUCUGCAAACCAGAUGCUGGAGGUGAUGGAGGGACAACCCGAGUCCAAAGCUGGUGCAGAUUUCACCUACGUCCUCCAGAAUGAGAGUGAGAAUGCUGACGAGCGAGUUCAGGGUGAGAAAAACGAUCCCGGUAACAACACUGUGGAUCCAACCAAGAAGAAGAAGAAGAUCAGGAGAGGAACUCGUGGACGAGGACGUAAAAUCAACUAUAAAAAGGAGAAGAAACAAGGAUCUGAAAUCACGACCAUGGUGGAAGCUGAAGCUGAAGCCACUGUGGAGAUCAUGAACAUCCGCUCGGAUGAGACGGACUCACACGAUGAACCGCUGGCAGGAAACCAGGUGAUGAAAGAGAAGGAUGGUGAGGAGGAGACUGAAACCAUCACACAGGUCACCAAGUGUCAGCUGGAAGAGUUGAUGCUGAGGUCUGAAGGUCAACCUCUGGAUGUUAAAGUUGAAGAAUCGAUGGUAAAGGUGGAGGACGAUGAGACGGAUUGUGAAGCACUUGAGGGUCACGAUGGAAUCGAGGUGAUAAACAAUCAACCUCUGGAAGAAAAAGAAAUGCUGAAUAUGUUGGACCUGGAGGUAGAAGUGGCUGAAAUACCUAAAAACGUCCACCUGCAUGAAACUGAAGCAAACAUCAACCAACCUCCAGCAGGUAACGAGGUCCUGAAUGUGAUGGAUGCUCAAGCCAGAGCUGAACUUACAAACCAGCAGGUGGAAAAGAAAAGAUUGGAGAUGAUGAUCAAGCAGCUUCUGAAAAUAGAAGUAGAGACGAGAGAUGAAGCUCCGGUGGAAGCUGCUGAGAAGCAGAAGCUCAGAUGCUUUGAAGCUCCUAGAAUGAUGAACCUCGUACCUCCAGCAGGUAACGAGGUCCUGAAUGUGAUGGACGCUCAAGCCAGAGCUGAACAUUCAAACCAGCAGGUGGAAAAUAAAAGACUGGAGAUGAAGAUCAAGCAGCUUCUGAAAAUAGAAGUAGAGACGAGAGCUGAAGCUCCGGUGGAAGCUGCUGAAGAGCAGAAGUUUGGAUGCUCUAAAGCUUUGAGAAUGAUGAACCUCGUACCUCAGCCAAUGCAGAGGAAAAAGAUCAGGAGAGGAACUCGUGGACAAGGACGUAAAAUCAACUAUAAGAAGGAGAACAAACAAGAGAUGCGCGCUGGUGGUCCAGAAGAUCAGACCAAAACCAGUGAAGCUACAUGUUGGAGAGCUGGACACGCUGGAACGGAGCUCCUGAGGAACAGCAGGACAGGAGUAAAAUACCACACUGGACUGGAAGAAAUAAAGAGCUGGUGAAGGACAGUGGGAGAUGAGAUUAUUCUGAAGAACAUCUGUCCAGAACUCUAAUAAAAACCUUCAAUAAAA